AUGGGUUUGAAGCCAUAUUUUGGCCUACGGGGAAAUGCCCUUCUCCGCGCUGCCCUUUUCUUAGUCGUGUGUCCAACCUUUACUUGCUAUGGGUACAACAUGGGAGUGACCGGUGGUCUCUUAACGCUCGAUGCAUUCAAUUCGCAAUUCCCCCGAAUAGACACAAUUCAUACACACGGAGCACAAAACCAAGAGAACUCACAGAUGCAGGGCACUGUCAUCGCCCUCUAUACCGUCGGAGGUAUCUUUGGCGCCUUAUCAUGCAUCUUCCUUGGUGAUCUCUGGGGUCGACGUAAGGUGAUUUUCAUAACCAACUUCGUCAGUAUCAUCGGCGCCAUCCUCAUGACAGCAUCUUUCGAUUUUGCCCAGUUUAUCGUCGCGAGGUUGGUCCUUGGUUUGGGCAUCGGUGGAUAUGUGGCGACAGUCCCGGUUUGGCAGUCUGAGAUCUCGCCAGCGCACAAGCGGGGAUCCAACGUCGUCACCGAUGGCAUCUUUGUUGGAGUUGGUGUGACUCUGGCCCUGUGGAUCGAUUUGGGGUUCUAUUUCGUCAAAGGCAACUCCGUCUCUUGGCGGUUCCCUCUCGCCUUCCAAAUCGUUAUGCCGGUCAUUACAAUGAUUUUCAUCACAAUGCUGCCAGAAUCGCCUCGCUGGCUCAUUAAGAACGGACAGGUGGAGGAAGGAAGAAAAGUACUCGCGGCAUUGCUCGACCUCGACGAGCAUUCGGAUGAUGUCAACGAGAACAUCCUCAGCAUCGAGACAUCUCUUGCCUACUGCCCGGGAUCGUGGACGGACAAAACAAUAAAGAGGAAUCGAAGAACCGAAGCGAUGCCAAGAACUCAAUUUUUUUUUUAUUCCAUGGAAGGUCCACGCCAAGUUACCCAUCAGCAUUUUCAUCCCGAGCUCUGGUCUUCAUAUGUGGGCCCUAAUCUAUUACUCGGAAAAUGCAUGGCCAUAUUUUAUUAA